GGCCGAUAACCGACCCCACCUAACCUCAAAGCUACAGCCCAACAAUAUUCGGUUAAAUUCCAGAUCAGAUAUCACCCACAACAAGUGGGUCUAGGACUUGACCUGCCCACAUCCCACACCCGCCAUGAACAGCUUAGUGCGACGCAGCGUCCAGCAGCUGAACCGCUGGCGUACAUAUUGCGUAAAACACAAUGCUCCGGAAGCGGCUUCUCCCGGCCGGAACGCAGGCAAGCCCAUCUACGAGGAGUUCAUUGGCCGCCACCAGCGACAGGCACAGUGCAGCAUUGUGGUCCAGGUGAGCUCCGAGAAGUCGUAUGCGGAGUUGUAUAACUACUGCAGCUACUUCGGCUCUAUCCUGGGCGCCCACCACUACUGCGUGCGGCAGGACGAGACCCUGCACUACAUCCUGUUGGAGUACGCCACUCCGGGCGAGGCGGCGGCUGCCAUCGGAGCGGGAGUCACCAAUGGCGAGCUGAGCGGCGUGCCCGUGCGAUCACCCUUUUUGUGGUUCCGAGCAGCGGGAGGAGGCAGGCGGAGCCCGAAGUUGGUGCCCAAUCCAGCGCCCGCACUGCUCUCCUUGGACGGCACCCAGCUGGUGGAUCAGGGCCAGCUCCUGGGGCUCCUGCGAGGUGCAGCGGACAUCGAAGAGCAGGUGCUGCAGCUGUACGAGCACACGCGGUUGAAUGAGCUGGGAAUCCGCAUGCGUUUUCUAGCCGCCCUGCAGGUGCAGCAAGCCAUUGCCGGCAUGUUCCCCGCCGCCCAGGCCCAGCCCUUUGGCUCUUCGGUCAACGGAUUCGGCCGGAUGGGCUGCGACCUGGACCUUAUCCUGCGCUUCGACAACGAUAUGGGGGCUAAGAGCCCAGUGGAGGCGGCGGUGCCGUCGCGACUCGUGUACCACACCAAGGAGAACCUGAGCAACGGACGCUCGCAGACGCAACGCCACAUGGAAUGCUUCGGAGAUAUGUUGCAUCUGUUUCUGCCCGGCGUGUGCCAUGUAAGGCGUAUUCUGCAGGCAAGGGUGCCCAUCAUCAAGUACCACCAUGAGCAUCUGGACCUGGAGGUGGACCUCUCCAUGAGUAACCUCACUGGCUUCUAUAUGUCGGAACUGCUUUACAUGUUCGGUGAAAUGGAUCCGCGCGUACGACCUUUGACCUUCACCAUCCGGCGCUGGGCACAGACCUGCGGCCUAACGAAUCCCUCGCCUGGUCGCUGGAUCAGCAACUUCUCGCUCACCUGCCUGGUGAUGUUCUUCCUGCAGCAUCUGCGCCAGCCCAUCCUUCCCACAAUUGGAGCGCUGGCAAAGGCGGCGGAGUCAGGGGAUUCACGGGUCACCGAGGACGGCAUAAACUGCACCUUCACCCGGAAUGUGGAUCGACUGGGCUUCAGAAGUCGAAACCAAAGCUCACUGAGCGAGUUGUUGCUGCAGUUCUUUGAGUUCUACUCGCAGUUCGACUUCCACAACCGCGCGAUAUCCCUAAACGAGGGGAAGCCUCUGUCCAAGCCCGACCACUCGGCCAUGUACAUCGUAAAUCCACUGGAGCAGCUACUAAAUGUGAGCAAGAAUGUGAGCCUGGAAGAGUGUGAGCGGCUGCGCAUCGAGGUCCGGAACGCGGCUUGGGUUCUGGAGUCUGAGGUGGAGAAUGCCUCCGUUCCGGAAGCGGACGGCCAGGAGCUUUCCUGGGGCCUGUUGAACCUGUUUAAGCAUCCCGAAAAGGCCGUCAUUCGGCCAAACAUGUUUUUCAAGCCGCGCAUGGUCGAGGUAAGCGAUCUCUUCGAGCAGAAGGAGGCGGGAGCAACGUCCAGCUCCACUGCUCCCAACCAACCAGCCAUAACCUACAAGAGUGCCUCUGUGCGGCAGCAGGUGCAGAGCAUCAAGGCUGCUACGCGCUCCGAACUAAAGCAGCUGCGCGGAUCGGGCAGCUCAGUUCCGACGAACAGUCCCAAGAAUCGGCGGAGCAGCAGGUGAUGCUUCUAAGACUGGCACCUCCCGUGUACAUACUUAGGAUAAGCCACAACUUCACAUUCAAGGUGGGUCAAGCUUAAGGUUAGGGCAGCCGCAGUUGGCUGAAUUGAAUGUUGUUCAUACUUUUAAAGCUCCUGUUAGUUAAGAUAAGUCUAUGAUCCUAUGAUCGAGUCGACUUUGAGUAUUUAAACCGAUUACUAUUGACGAAUGAGACCAAAUGUAGCAGGGCGGGAAAUCUGUGAGAUCUGUGAGGCAAGUCGAAAAGAGCUCAAGAGAGCAGUAGUUAUUUGAUUUUGUGGAUGAGCAGGUAUCCGUAAGACAUACUUUCCUAGUUAAAGUAGUAAUAAUUCUGUUUUUUAUGAUAAUAAAACGAAAAUAACGUACCACCAUUCCUGCCAUUUGGUUUUUCACUCGGAAAAUAACACAAACAUCCCAGCU